AUGAAGAUACUGUAUAAUGUCAUUCUUCUACUUCUGCUGGGAGGGAGCUCCUGCCAGAACAAAAGCAACACCAAGCCAAGUGGAAAGUCGUCCAAAAAAGCUGGAAGUCAGGGAGGAGACGCAGCAGCAGCGCACGAGGAUGAUUCUCCGGCCGGGCCUGCUCCAGGGGAUGGGGGGCGAGACUCGAGCUCGGGGGGGCGCGGGACCUCUCAGCAGACCACCACCAACACCAAAGCAGGAGAUGACAUGAAGCUGCACUUCCUCAAGAACACACAAGUCACCUGCAACGACGGCACUGCAGCAGGGUUUUACCUAAAGGAGUUCAAAGGGAGCAAGAGAUGGCUGAUAUUUUUGGAGGGAGGUUGGUGCUGUUACAACAAAGAGACCUGUGAGGCGAGGUAUAAAAAUACCCCCCGUCUGAUGAGCUCAGCUGACUGGACACAGACACGCAAAGGAAGUGGAAUUCUCUCCACGCAAACUGAAGAGAACCCUCAUUGGUAUAACGCCAACAUUGUGUUCAUCCCUUACUGCACCAGUGAUGUGUGGAGUGGCUCCAAGACGACAAAGCCCAAGGAGAAGGGAAAGGACACGGUGGACUACACCUUCAUGGGCUCCCUCGUCAUACGGGAGGUGAUCAAAGACCUUACAACCAAAGGAAUCAAGCAAGCAAAAGUUGUUAUGCUUGCGGGAACAAGUGCGGGUGGAACAGGCGUGCUGCUGAACAUUGAGAAGGUGUCGAGUCAGCUGGAGCUGAUGGGGGCCGAAGCCCAGGUCCGAGGUCUGGUGGACUCUGGCUGGUUCCUUGAGAGCCGACAGCAGAAGGUUCUAGAGUGCUCAGACGGCGUCUCCUGCUCUCCCGUGGACGCCAUCAAGAAGGGACUGCGGUUAUGGAGUGGAAACGUCCCAGAGAAAUGUCGGCAGCAGUACAAACGAGGCGAGGAAUGGCAGUGCUUUUUUGGACACAAAGUGUACUCCUCCUUGACCUCUCCUUUGUUUGUGGUGCAGUGGCUGUUUGACGAGGAGCAGCUGCGCGUGGAGAACAUCUAUAUGGGGGGUCAGACCCUGUCGGAGCAGCAGUGGACCUACAUGCAGAAUCUGGGCAGGGAGCUGAAGACCUCACUGAAGGAUGUCACGGCUGUGUUUGCGCCUUCCUGCCUGUCCCACACGCUGAUCACUAAAAGUAACUGGAUGGAUUUCCAGGUGAAGGGCACCUCCCUGUCACGUGCACUGCAGUGCUGGGACAAGAGUUUGCAGGAGGCCAAUAAGAACAGCAAGACACCCACUAAGGGCUGCCCUUAUCAUCUGAUCGAUAACUGCCAGUGGCCCCAAUGUAACCCCACCUGCCCUGCACUCAUAGACCAGGCCACGCAACAGGAGUUAACGCUGCUCCAGGUUCUGGCCAGCAUGGGUCUGGACCUGCAGAAGCUGGGCCUGGAUCUCAAACGUGACGGUGCCACCAGCAUCAUCGGCGGCGGGGGUUAAGAGGCCCAGACGUAGUGGCAUCUUCACGGGCAUCACCCACACUAGUUAGAUGUGGUUCAGAUAGGAAGCUGGCACUCUUGACCCUCCUCAUCAUUCCGUUGUGCUCCAAUGCCAUGUUCUGACCAGCGGUUCUGCCACUGGGUUUCUGUGCUCGCGCGCCGUCUGGGCACUGCAGUGUUCUCCAUAAAGGGAAGGUUCCGGGCUUUUGCCAGAAAUUCUAGAGUGAUGCGUGAGUGCUGAGUCCCUGUAGCUUGUUACCAUGUCUACGAAAUACUUCAAAACCAGUGACACUGUUCCAACAGGCACUUCUCAUUUAUCGUCUUACAGAACCAUCAUAGUAUGUUUAUUAGAAUAUUUCACAAACUCAAACAUUUAGGUAGUCUUGUUCAGUUGCAGUAUUUUGGGAGUACAAAGGCAGAAUUAGAUCCGACGCACUAACUGAAGAGGGCACUGCCUUUGGUAUCAUAGCAACCCUUCGGCUGUUCAUCCCCUUAGUGAGGAUGGUGGCUAAUUGAUCCACAAUACUACCAAACUGUCACCAUAGUUACACAUGUGCAUCACUGACAUUUGUUAAGUGUGAUGUGACAACAUGGCAUUGCAUGCCGGGAUAAUGUUCAACUGUUAGCCUACACUGUUGAAUACGCGCAUGUGCAAUUUGUUCUUAUUUUGAAAAUGUGCAUGCUAGGUAGAGAUGUUUCUAAAUGUCUUCCACUUGAAGAUUAGAGAACAUUGAAAAUGGUAAAAGUGAGGCAACAAACUGAAACAGAAGUAUGGAAUUUCGAGUAAGUUAUUUUUUUGUUUUUGUGUGGGCCAUUGCUUUUAAAUGAGUGGGAUACAAAUGACAAGCUUAAAAUAUUGAGUGCUCCUUGUUCUAAACUGGUAUUUACCUAAAAAUGUUUUAUGUGUCUAGUAUUUCAGAUAUUAUAUAUUACAGAUAUUAUAUAUGAUGUUAUUUAACAAUAUAUUCUUGCAAUAUGUAUCAUAUAUGAUGACUAAUAAAGU